AUGCAGGGAUUCAAGUGCGCACGCCAGCGGGAAGGGGGGCACUUCCCUGUGGGGGCCGCCGGCCCCUCCAGCUCCCCCCGCGGCCGCGGGGCCCCCGAGCCGCGGAUGCCCCGCCGCUGGCCCCGCUGCCGUCCCGCGGCCGCUCCGCCACAAGGAACGGCCGGGCAGGAUCCGGCAGCGCCGGGACACCGGCCACGGGCACCCGGCCACCGGCAGCAGCAGGUACCGGCUCUGCACGGAGGCCCCGGGGUGGGGGAUGAGGGAAAUCCGCCCGCCGCUCCCCCUCUCCCAGCCGGGGAGAAGUGGCGGCUCCCUGGGAGCGCAAGUGGAAGCGAUGCCGCCUGCCCUCCGAGUGUGGGACAGCACACCUGCCUGACUCCCCACUCUGUAGCGAUUGCUCGCUGGAAGCACUUUGGAAAGACCCAAAUCCCAGCAUUUAGGGCUCUUGGAAUGUCGCUGGGAAACACCUCGUUCAAGCGGACACUUCCCUGGGAACGAUUCAGCCCCAAUAUCGUGCUCCGUAAGCAGGGAGCUUGGCAACCCUCCCUCUUUGGGUUGCCAAGCGCUCCAGCAGCAGCAGGAGGCUGCCUUUGCCCAUCCCAGCCGCCCCGCGCUGUCCCGAGCUCAGCUCACCCCUCCAGAAGCCGCAGGACGGGUCAUUCCCCGAGGAAGGGGGAGUUCCCCACGAGCCCCCGCACGGAACGGGCACCGAGCACAGCGAGCCCUGCCACUCCCGGGAGCCGAGCCGAACCGAGCCGAGCCCCGACCCGCCACCGCAGCCCCCCAGCCCCUCCCGCCGGACGCCCGCACAGCUCUGGGUACUGCCGGUCCCGCGGCGUCCUCCGGGACCACCGGGAGCGAGCCGGGCGGGGAGGGGACGAGGGAAACCGGACCGGAUUUUCCCGGAGUACGGAAUAG